AUGCAACGAACACGCGAAAGUCUCCAUGAAAUUCCAGCCCUCGACGCAUUCCAAGAUAGACUCAUCGCCGGCAAAUACAAACUCAUCAAGAAAGUCGGCUCUGGGUCCUUCGGCGACAUCUUUAUCAGCAUCAACACUGAGAGUUCCGAAGAAGUUGCGAUCAAAGUUGAAAAAACCUCGACAUCGCAUCCACAGCUGCACUACGAAUCGAAAGUCUAUAGUAUUCUUCAAGGAGGUGUUGGCAUACCAGCAUUAAGAUGGUAUGGCAGCGACCAAGGCUUUAAAAUCAUGGUAGUGGAGUUGCUUGGACCGUCUUUGGAAGAUCUCUUCAAUUACUGCUCUCGCAAAUUCUCUGGGAAGACGACGUUGCAGCUUGCCGAUCAGAUGAUUGUUCGAAUUGAAUACCUGCACGGGAAGAAUUUCAUACAUCGUGAUGUAAAGCCAGACAAUUUCCUGAUGGGCAUUGGACGUUACAAUCAACGACUCUACAUCAUCGACUAUGGUUUGGCAAAGAAAUUUCGUGAUAGCAUCUCGCGCACCCACAUUGCAUAUCGAGAAGGGAAAAAUCUAACUGGAACCGCUAGAUAUGCUUCACUUAAUGCACAUCUUGGUAUUGAACAAAGUCGGCGUGAUGAUAUGGAGUCGAUUGGGUACUGCCUCGUUUACUUCGCUGCUGGAAGUCUCCCAUGGCAAGGUCUUAGAGCAGUCACGAAGAAACAAAAGUACGAAAAGAUUGCUGAAAAGAAAAUGGCCGUAUCGAUUGAAGAGCUGUGCAAAGAUUUGCCAAGUGUCUACGCAGAUUACCUAAAACGUUGUCGCAAUCUCGCUUUUCAUGAGGAACCGGAUUACUAUUCCAUGAGGCAAAUUUUCAGGCGCUACUUUCGCAGUCAAAACUAUGCGGUUGAUCUCGAUUAUGAUUGGAUGCAUGUAGGCGGUAACGGUACGUCGGGAAGUUCAACCGCUGCUCAAAGAAUG